CAAAAACACAUAUGAUCACCGGGUUCAAAUUUGGUACGAACUUCGUAUCCGACUUGAUCAAGAAACUUUUGUCUCUUCCGAUGAUGACGAUUCAAUGAAAACAAACGUGUUGUAUUAUUGAAUUGAAUUUCACGACUUUUUGCCAGUUGGGUUUGCUAUAAAUCCAACCCCCUUCACCGCCAAUAGCGAUGAACAGAUGCUCCUCAUUUAUUACAACAAUUCAUCACAAUAACUACAACAAGAUUAGAGCUUUCAACCACUUUCUCACCCACUUCUUCAAUCAUCCUCUAUUUACUUCUGCUACUCCCUUCUCACAAUCUCGUCAAUUUUCUGCUUCAGGUUGUAGAACAUUCAUGGAGGUUGUUAAAGCAAUUGCAAGUCAUGGCGCCACUUCUCAUGAAAAUCUCGCUCUCAAAGCCGACGAUAAGAAAUACGGCUACAAUCAUCUAGUUUCUUCCGCUUCAAAAAUAUCUCAUCUGUUAUCCAGCCAUAACCAAAAAACCGCCAAUGGAGCCACAGGGAAUACAAGUUUAAACGGUGCUAGAAUAGGUGUGGUGGCUAAACCUUCUGCUGAGUUUGUGGCCGGAGUACUAGCGGUAUGGUUGAGUGGCGGUGUCGCAGUGCCACUAGCGCUAAGCUACCCGGAAGCUGAACUACUACACGUCAUGACUGAUUCGGAUGUAUCGAUGAUUUUGAGUACCGAGGAUCAUAGCGAGCUUAUGCGAAAAAUUGCGGAGAAAACCGCGGCUCGGUUUUCUCUGAUACCUGAUGUUCCUAGUAAUGAUGUAAAUGACGGUGUACUGCAGAAAGAAAUUCAAUUUUCAAAUAAAGUAGAAGGUGAUGACCCUGCGUUGAUUUUGUAUACUAGUGGUACAACCGGGAAACCUAAAGGAGUUGUUCAUACACAUAACAGCAUUUUAGCACAGGUGAAAACAUUAUCAACAGCUUGGGAGUACACAUCAAGUGAUUGUUUUCUGCAUUGCCUGCCAUUACACCAUGUGCAUGGACUUUUCAAUGCAUUGUUUGCUCCUCUUUAUGCCGGUUCCAUGGUUGAAUUCAUGCCAAAGUUUAGUGUGAGCGGGAUCUGGAAAAGAUGGCGUGAAUCGUAUCCGAAAGAUGGAACUAAACUUAAUGAUGCAACAACUGUAUUUACAGGGGUUCCAACGAUGUAUACGAGGCUGAUACAAGGCUAUGAGGCUAUGGAUCCAGACUUGCAAGCAGCUUCUGCUUCAGCUGGAAGCCAGCUGCGUCUAAUGAUGUGUGGAUCCUCUGCUCUACCCCUACCCGUUAUGCAACAAUGGGAAGCCAUUACAGGACAUCGACUAUUGGAACGAUAUGGCAUGACAGAGUUCGUCAUGGCACUUUCAAAUCCAUUAAAAGGCGUACGGAAAGGAGGCACUGUUGGCAAGCCCUUUCCAGGCGUGCAGGUCAAGAUUCUUGCAGACAACGAUGGUAACGAGGGGGUUGGUGAGCUUUGUAUCAAAAGCCCUUCGUUGUUUAAGGAAUACUGGAAACGUCCGGAGGUAACCAAGGAGUCAUUUAUAGAGGGCGGGUUUUUCAAAACUGGUGAUGCUGUUAAAGUUGAUGAAGAUGGAUAUUAUGUAAUUUUGGGACGUACCAAUGCCGAUAUAAUGAAGGUAGGUGGAUACAAAUUGUCGGCGCUAGAAAUUGAGGCAAUUCUUUUAGAACAUCCGGCCAUUUCAGAAUGUUGUGUGUUAGGGUUGCCGGAUAAAACUUACGGAGAAGCUGUAACUGCGAUAAUUGUGCCGAAUAUGGAACUAAAAAAGAUUCGUGAGAAAGACUUAAAGCCUGCUAUUACUUUAGAUGAACUAUGUUCAUGGGCUAAACAGAAACUUGCACCAUACAAGCUGCCAACUCGAUUAUUUGUAUGGGACUCGUUGCCUCGAAAUGCCAUGGGAAAGGUGAACAAAAAGGAGCUGAAGGCGACAUUGGCUGCUGAAGAACAGUAAACCAAUUUUUCCGUUUGUCCGGAGAUAUGAAUAAUAUAUAUUUUGGGUAUAACUUGAUUAAUAUUAUGUUAAGUUGUAAGAUAUUGUUGGACUGGUAAUGCAUCAUUGUGAUGUUGACCAGUGGCGGAACCAUUACUUGUUUGUCGGGGUCAUCAUAAGGCUCUCUUUUCUAUGGGCUAACUAGAGGGUCCAAAACAUUUUUUUAAAGAAAAAUCACAGAUUUUGUAUAUAAAAUCUGAGAAAUUC